GCAAGGUCGAAGAAGCCGCAAUUCCAGUCUCGUACGCUGCGGUAAUACUUCCUUUUGGGAUCCUCUCCUGCCUCCUCAUCGGCGCCCCAAUUUCUAGGGUUUCCUGCAAUCUUGAAGAAUCGAGAAGGAUUCAUGGUGGGACACGGUCAUGCGGUGCCGUUGGAGGUGGUGGGCACGGUGCUGGAGAUGGCUGACAUGGCUUGGACCGCCCUGGAGCACCGUCGCGAGCGGCAGCACGAGGCCGCCGAGGACCAGGAGUUGGCGCAGCUGCGAGCUGAGAACCUUCGUCUGAGAGGGCUUUUGGAGGAGAAUCUCACUCUUCUUCAAGGCCUCUGCCAGGCUCCAUCCAUCUCUCGGGAUUGUCCUCCUGAUCUAUAUUCACGGCUUGUAGCUGUAGUGGAUUCUCCAGACUUCCAUUCUAAACUGGAAUCACUUCAUGAGGAAUCAUUGAAUGCAAAAGGUGGCAGCUUCCCAUUUCGAGAAGCCUCAGGUGCAGAUUUGAAGGCGAUGGAAGUACUAAUUAAUGUUGGUCAUGAUGAACCUAGUUGGUGGGUGUGGGUUACAAACGAUAUGGUUCCAAAUAAUUUGGAAGAAGUGAGCGAGAUAGAUAAAGAAAAUUAUGUGAUUGUUAGUGAAGAUAGUGUGGUUGAUGGCAUUGCUAAUUUCAUGGCUAGAUGCAUCAUUUCUAAUCCCAAAUCUCAGAGGUUGACGCCAGAGGAAUUACAAAGAACAAUAACAAGGGCCUUGGGCGGUGUUAAUGAUCGCAGCAUGUUGAGAAGAGUGUGGGAGGCUGCGACAAUCCUUUAUACCUUGUCUACUUGGGGCUUAGCUUUGUAUGGAUUAUACAGGCACCGGGCAGUGUUAAAAGUUGCGGCAAGGGGUGUGGCUGCAUCGGGCAAAUUCGUCAUGAAAGCUCUGUAAACAGGUUUAAUUCCUCUUGUCAAAACAUUGUAAAUAUUGUUCAUGUGGAUUGUUGUUUAUUGUUUCAGCUGGAAGAUGAUUUCCAUGUUUCAAGUGUUUAAGCCUGUGCCAAUGUUUCCAAUGGAUAUAAGUGACUUUAUUGUGAAUUAUUAUAACAUAACCGGAGGCUUGGAAUUACAUUAUGAUUUAA